CAGAGCUCGGCCAAAAAACGUUCGCCAAGUGACUGAGAGUCGGCAUUUUCUCAAUCUUUCAGCUUGCCGCAUUAUAUCUGGUCUUGCGAUUUAUCUUUUUAGCCGGACGGAGGACGCUUCAGAUGGUAGAACUCCGUGCGAUUCACAGACUUCCUACAGCGCAGGCGGCUGCAGUUCCCCUCACAAACACUCGUACAGGAAGACCAAAGGACGUCCUUUAUAGCCUGGGAAUAUAGGGAUGAGCGAAGUGAGCAGCUGAAUAUCCCCUCCUAGCAUUGCGAGUAAAACUUCCCUUUCGGAGCGGGUUAAAACGUCCUCUUAACAGAUACAAGUCGCCGGGACAGAUCUGCCCGCCCAAGGACUGCUCCACCUGCCCAAUCUGAAUGUAAUAUUGCCAAGCUAAGGAAGGCAGGAAUUAAAAGCCAUCACCAUGAAUUUUGUGAUGAAACAGGCGUUGGGAGGGGCCACUAAGGACAUGGGUAAGAUGCUGGGAGGAGAGGAGGAUAAAGACCCUGAGGCAGAGAAGGAGAAGGAGGAAGAAAGACAGGAGGCUCUCCGGCAGCAGGAGGAGGAGAGGAAGGCCAAGUACGCUAAGAUGGAGGCCGAGAGAGAAACGAUGCGGCAGGGCAUCAGGGACAAGUACGGCAUCAAGAAGCGGGAAGAGGCGGAGGCAGAGGCGCAGGCCGCCAUGGAGCAGGCCGCAGAGGGGAGCCUCACUCGCCCCAAAAAGGCCGUCCCGGCCGGCUGCGGCGACGAAGAGGAGGAGGAAGAGAGCAUAAUGGACACGGUCAUGAAGUACCUCCCCGGCCCACUCCAGGACAUGUUCAAAAAGUAAACCAUGCGGUUAUAGCAACAUUAGAACGUUACUGUGUAGGUUCAGUCGCCAACUACAUCCUUACCUAAACCCCCCCCACCCCCCCCUCCAAACCCCGGAGCCUUAGGCCAUAGGCAUAAAUGAAUCCACCUUCCACUUUUUAUUUGUAAAUAGCCUCUGGUUUAAAAAAAAUGAUAGUAACAAUAAGAGCAAGGGUGAACUAAUAGAAGGGUGUAUGUCAAUAAUACAAAUAUUUACAAAUAACUCAAAGAGUAUAAGCCAUACUUUACCUUUGGAAAGGAAAUCUCGGAAUCAUAUCAUGUUAUUGAAUGAGUUUUUGCUGUUUAUAAUAUUUAUAUAUAGGUAUAUAUAAAUAUAUACAUAUGUAUCUACCUAACCCUCCCUGUGUGAAUUAAUUGGUAUUUACAAUUACGUAUCCCUGGUCAAGCAUUAAUGUAACCUUUCACCACAAUGUUGUAAAUUGGACACCUACAUACCGAUAUAUAUUGAUCCAAACAAUGUUUUUUUUUUCCUGAGCAUGCCAGUGAUUAAAUACUUGUGAAAUAUGUAUGAAUUAUUUUCUGUUUUAUUUGUUGGUGAAUUGAGGAUCUGAGGCAAUAAUCCUAUCUUUUAAAGCUGUUGUCUCAUCGAUGCCACUGAGUGUGAUCUAAUAAAAUGUAAUUUUUAAUCUGCUCAAAUUGAA